AUGGAUACAGCAACAACACUGAGGGAUCAUUGUUCAGACAUCCCUGCAAUCAAAAUGUCACAGGACGAUGAAAACGACGGAAAAUUAUCAUUUGAAACAACGUCACGGGAUUCGUAUAAGUGGACUGCAGGAGCUGGAGAAAGGUUCAUGAUGAUUCAUCCUAGGGACCAAAUCGAUAUGAGUACUGAUCCAAUGGACGCGAGAACCACUAGCAGAGAGUCGUAUAGAGAAAGAACAGGUGACACUCUCCCAAUAUAUCAUCCGAGUGAUCACUUUGGCGGAGACUCUGAUCCUUUAGACUUGAACACAGUCAACAGGUACAGUGCGGCAGUCUCCUCGGCAUAG